CUGGGGCAUGCUGGGGGCUUCUGAGAACAAACAAUGCAUGAGGUUCCAGGGUGCAUGUAGGGGUCUAUGGAAUAAGAAGCCAUGCACGCAGAUAUCCAGGUGCCAGACACGGUAGACAAAGCAGCCUCUCUGUCUGCAUCCACAGGAUGAGGGCAGCCACGGUAGAGGAGGAUGGAGAAGGGUUCUUCUGGACAGGUUGCUGGGUCUCACUGGAUCCUGAAGUGCAGCUAGCCAGCCGAUGCACACAGGAAGGACAGCUGUGCUCUCUUCCAGCUCAGCCUCGGGAAGAUUUCUUGUCUGGACUCACAAAGAACUGUGAGGAAAACCUGUGAGAGAUCCCACACCUGACACCAAGGUCCCUCAUGGCCUCCACAGUCUUGACGAGACGCUUCAUCCAGGAAGUCAGUGAGUAUCUGCAGGACUCAGCAAGCAGAGAAGACCUGCAGCUCCUGUUGGACAAAGAUGAACUCUGGAAGGUGUUGGUGGCAGAGGCUGGAUUGUCCAGAGCUGAGGAAGCAGCGCUGCAUAAGGUCCUGAAGCUGCUCCUAAGACUCCGAGCCACGGAGGACAAAGACAGGCUUCAAAAGGAGCUGCAGGACAGGAAGAGGUUUGUGGAAGCUUUUCCUCAGCUGAAGAGAAAGCUGCAGGCAAACAUCAGCAGGCUCCGAGCUCUGGCUGACCAUCUUGACCAAGUGCACAGGCGCUGCGCUGUCUCCAACGUGGUGGCCGACUCCACCAGCACUGCCUCUGGGGUCCUGGGGAUUGUGGGUCUAGCUCUGGCACCCGUAACAGUGGGGGGCAGCCUGCUGCUCUCAGCAACUGGGUUGGGGCUGGGGACAGUGUCUGUUCUGACUGGUGCUGCCACUAUGGUUGUGGAGGAAGCAAGCAAGUGGUCAGAUGAAGCUGAAGCCAAGCGCCUGGUGGCAGACACCAUGGAUACUCUGAAGACAGUGUUUGUCCUGGGGAAGAGUUUGCUCAAACUUUCUAAAAACACCUAUGAUGUCAUAAAAAACUUGAAAGCCUUGGGACAAAAUAUCCGUGCCAUUAGGGUAGCCAGAGCCAACCCGCGCUUAGUAGCAGAUGCCAAGCUCCUCAUGACUACUAGGCUAAUCCCUGCCCGACGUGCUGAUCAGGUGCGGAAUGCCUUUGCAGGCACCGCUUUGGCGAUGACCAAGAAAGCCAGAAUCAGGGGUGCAGCCAUUGCAGGAGUCUUCCUUGUGGUGGAUGUCUACCACCUUGUAAAGAACUCCAUGCAUUUAUAUGAUGGGGCAAAAUCAGAGUCCGCCAGUGAACUGCGGGCCCUGGCUGAGGAGUUGGAGGUGAAGUUGGAAGAGAUUGCUCAGAUCCAUAAGAACCUACUGGUGUCUUACUGACAGCCACCCGCCCUCAAGUAAUAUUGAGGUCAGUGGCGAUGAUCUGGACAGAUUCAAGGUGCUGAGCCAUUUUGGUAGAGGGGGGAUGAGAUGGUUAGUUUCAACUGUCCUCUUGACACAAUCUGGAAUCUUGUGGGAAGAGUCUCAGUGAGGGAUUGUCCAGCUCAAGUUGUCCUGUGGCAUGCCUGUGAGAGAUUUGUCGUAAUGGCUCUAAUUGAAGUGGGUAAAUUCCUCCACUGUGGGUGGCCCUAUUCCCUAAGUAUACAUUCUGAAGUGCAUAACAAAAAGCAGACUGAAUACCUGGAAGCUUGCAUGCAGGAAUUCGUUUCUCAUUGCUCUUGACUGUGGAUGCACUGUGGCUAGCUGCCUGGGCCACUGCCUUGACUUCAAGAUGGUGGACGAUAGCCUGGAACUGUGGGCCAAAUAAAAGCUUUCUCCUCUCA